AUGUCUGCGUUCCCUGUAUGUCGUGUGGCAGCACCUAAUUUAUUGUCAAAAUUGCAGAAGACUCACCUUCCCACAAACAUCCCUCCACUUAUCAGGAGUCAAGCUGUGGGUCUAUUGAACACGAAAAAAGAAAAGUUUAAUCUUCAAGUUGUUUUCCCAAAAGAUACCACGUGUAACCACGUCCCAGGAUUCAUACAUGAAUAUUUACACGUAACAUAUUCAAAGUCAGGUCUGCUCUUUAAGUGCAAAACAGAGACGGUGUCUGCUUGCAUCAUGCGUGCUGUGUUUUUCGACGUACCCUCGGAGGCACAAAAAAUGGGACUGCAGGAGUGUUCGGCGUGGCAAAAGUUUAUACUCUGUACACAAUAUUUGUUGAGGGCUGCAUUGGCUAACGGUCUUGCAAAGCGACGGACGGGUAUUUAUGCUGACAACUCAACCCAAAAAUUUACCACCAUGGAGCUUUUGGAAUCAUCGGCCGAUAAGGCAGCAAUAGUAGUCCUCGUUUACUACCUAAAUCUG